AUGAAUGGAUUCAGCUGUUGCUUACCGCCGCAGCCUGAUGAGGCAGUGCAAUUCUUAUCAACCUGCGUGAAUUAUUGUUCUCUUCUCUUCCAUCAAUCGUCAUCUCUGCCUCAUCAAAGCCAAGCGCAGGAGGGCAUAAUCUUUUCUUUCCCUCAUCAGAGACUUUCCAUCAUGGGCAAACCCUCGGACCUCACCCCUCCCUACACGGACGAUGGCAGCCAAUCCACGACGCCGCUGGGCGAGGGCACCAGCUCCAUUUCUAUGCACCGCGCCAACCCAAACUCGCCGCACCGCCAGCAAUACUUCGACAGCGACGACGACAACGUCGACCAGCCUCAUCCCGCCGCCGAUGACCUGCCGCCCCUGUACAGCGACCACGACGCCGACGCCAUCGUCGCCCCCGCCGACCCGCUGAUCCCGCACGGCACGCCUGGUCUCGAUGUCGCGCCGUUCCGCAGCUCCGACAAGAGCGGCAAAACGUAUUUCCUCGACAGCCGGCUCGACACGAACCCAGUAUUUCUGCAACGGCAGCUCACGAUCCUCGCCGAAAGCCCGCCACGGCCGCUGUGCCACGUCCGGGGCACGCACACGGAGACCCGCCGCCGCGAUGAUAAAGAAGAGCAGGUGACGUUCGUCGACUUUAACGUGGAGGUCGAGCUCACGGGCCUGCUAUACACCAACCCCCUCACUGGCGACUCCUGGCGGCAACUCACGACUGUCGGCAACUUCGAAAAGGUGCGUCGCGGCACCGUUCUCGCCAGACGUGCACCCGGCUUCGGCGGUAGCGGCUGCCAGGCAGCCGAGAGCGGGACACCUACCGUCGAAGAAUGGUGUCAUCGAUACUGUGCAAGCUCGGCUGGGCUCAAGAGCUUCACCCUCGAGCGCCGCGUGACGGGCUGGGACUUUGAGCGCCUCGAGCAGAAGCUGUACAAGCUCAUCCGCGCCACCAAUUACCAGGGUCACCUGUGUGUCGAGUUUCCCGUGCAUAACAACCGAGUCGAAAUCUACAACGAGUGCCGGACGAACCGAUGGCGGCUUACGAAAUGGAUCGAGAUUCUCUGCUACGUGACACUCACCUUUCUCCUGACGUGGCCGUGGCUCUUCUUCCGCACCAAGCGCUGGGAGACGGUGUACGUGGCGUGGCCGCUGCGCGACCAGCAGACGGGACGGUACGCGAGCCUCAGCGAGGACCAGUGGUACAACAUGUGGGCGCGCACCAUCCAGACGGCGUGCCUGGCGCGGCGGCAGGGUAUCCUCGACCAGGGCGAUAUUCAGCGGAUGGAGAUGCCCGAGGCGAUGGUCAGUGGUGGAGGUUUCGCCGGCGUAGUGCAGGCGGGCGUGGAUGCCAUGGGCGUGGUCAAUCGCAGCUUUGGCUGGGGCGGCGACGAUAAUCGACGAGGAGGCUCCAACAGGCGCAGCGGACUCCCGAAUCUAGGCAGGAACAGAUGCUAG